AGUAACAAAAUCCCCUCCUCCUUUUUCCUCCCACAAAAAUCCCAUCUUUCCUUCUUCCUUCCACAAAUGCUACACUCCUAGAUCCAUCUAUCCCUCCAAGAAUCAUGGACAUGGAGACGAGGGCCGCUGCUGAGGGAGGUGAGGGCGCCCAGCAGAUCGUGGCGGUGAUGGAGAGCAUGGACAUGGAGACGGCGGUGGCGGCGGCGGCCGUGGAGAAGAAGAAGAAGAAGAAGACGACGACGGGCGGGAGGAGGGGGCGGCGGGAGAUGCGGCGGAUCGAGGACGCGACGAGCCGGCAGGUGACCUUCUCGAAGCGCCGGAGCGGGCUGAUGAAGAAGGCGUUCGAGCUGGGCGUGCUCUGCGACGCCGAGGUCGCGCUCAUCGUCUUCUCCCCGCGGGGACGCCUCUACGAGUACGCCUCCGCGCCAGAUUUGCAGAAGACGAUUGAUCGCUAUCUGAACCAUACAAAAGGGAGUACACCUGCCAACGUGAAAGCUCUUGAAACUGCUGGCGCCCAGAUGUGCAGAUCUGAAUCUACAGCCUUGAAGCAGAAGAUAGAUGCGAUCGAGGCAUACCAGAGGAAGCUGUCUGGAGAAGGCUUACAGUCAUGUUCGGCCCAGGAGCUGCAGGAGCUGGAGCUGCAGCUGGAGAAGAGCCUAAGCAAUAUCCGGCAAAAGAAGGAAAAGAAGUUGAUGGAUCACAUUUUGGAGCUAAGGGAGAAGGAGGAGAAGCUGUUGAGGGAGAACUCUGUGCUCCGUGAAGAGUACAUGGCGCUGCCUCUGCUAGAGCUGGCCACUAGAAGUGUAGAAGCAGCAGCCGCCCCAAGAUCACCCGUCGGUGAAGAACAGGCCGAGCAGGAGAAGGAGGAGGAAGAGGAGGAACGGCGUCAACGGUACAUGGAUGUGGAGACAGAUCUGGUCAUCGGAAGGCCGGGAACGUCUAGCUUGCAAUAGCAAUGGCAAUUAAUUCAUUCUGCUCGAUCAAGAUUGGCACACAGAUAAAUCAAAUAGUUGUUGUAUGUGUCCUUGAAUGUAUAUACCCAGUCUUAAUCAGUUUAAAUCGAUCGAUGAGGUGGCGACACAAAAAGAAUAAUCAACUAGAUGUAGCGUGCAUGGCAAAAGAAAAAUGAUCUGCGUUCAUGUCUUUUGUAUCCAAAUUGAAUCGACAUAUCUAUGCGAGUUGAAAUGGAUCCUGCUGGGAUGUGCUUUCCAGUCUGUAUGGCGAGAA